CUUACAACAAGUGCACCUUAUCCCGCUCCAGAGUGUGCAGUGUACUCUCACCUCCAGCCCAGAAUUCACCAUGUCCCGCCGAACCGCAAUACUCGAAGAGUUCGACGACGAGACCGACCUCCCGCUCCCCUCGCGCCCGCUCCCGAAUACUGGCGCGCGCGGCGCCAUCCUCGAGGAGAUUGAGUACGACCUGGACGACGAGCGCGAGCCUGUCCCGCCCAAAGCAGGCCCCGCAUCGCCCUCGCAGCAGCAGCAGUUCCGCCCUCCUCCGGGCGAGAAGAACGUCGUCACGGACAUCACGCCGUACAAGUCGUGGACGUGCGUGUACCCGAUAUACAUCGAUGCGAAGCGGGCGUACGGGCGAGGCGAGCGCAGGGUGCCGAGGGCAAAGGCGGUGUGGUGGCCGCUGAGCAAGGACAUCGCGGACGCGAGCACGCGGCUCGGCCUGCAGGCGCUGCACGAGGUGCAGAAGGCGCACCCGCGCGACUGGGACAACCCCGGGCGCGUACGCAUACAGUGGAAGAAGGACGGGCGGCUGCUCAACCCGCGCAUCAAAACCAAGAAGCAACUGCUGGAAGCGCUCGCCCUGCACAUCCAACAAGUUAAACCCGACAACGUCCCACGCGAGCCCUACAACUACUCCCCCCAGCCCGCGCCGGCACCUACGCCCGCCGCGCCCUCCUCCAAGGGCAAGCAGCCCUUAGCGAAACCGCGCGCCCCGCUCACACCAAAGCGCACCGGGCACGCACAGCUCCCUCUCCCGCCGCAGCCCGAGCCGGAGCUGGCUAGCCGGGUGUCGCCGUACUCGCCCUCGCUGCCGACGGGCAUGCUGCUCGAGACUGUGAAGGCAGGUAUGAAUGCGCAGGAGCCGGCGCUGCCUGGCGCGCCCCCCGGAGCUGCGUCGCAGAAGGGGAAGCGGAAGGUAGUGAGGGUUAGAGGUUAG